AUGGGCGCUCCGUCCAGCAGCGCCCUUCCAAUCCGCUGUCCUGUUUCAGAACGUCGCCUUUCCUUCCCGGAAUUGAGCCUUAAUCCAGCUAAGGUUGCGCCAGAGGCGGCGCCCGGGCGGGAGGCGGGGCAGGAACCGGGGCCCGGAGCGCAGGGGACGGAGGCGGGGCCGGGGCCGGGGCCGGACUCGGAGAGCCGGCCGCAGCCGCCGGCAGGGCCCGGCUCCGAGCCUCUCCCGGCCGCAGAGCCCGAGCCGGAGCCGCUCUCGGCGUCGGGUCCGGGACAGGAUCCCGAGCUGGGCUGGGCUGCGGGGCAGCGCGCAGGGGCCCCGCCGGAGUCGCAGCCUCUGCCGGCGUCGGAGUCUGAGAACGGAGUGUCCGACAGGCCCCGUUGCCACACCGACUGCCUGGAGGCGCCGCUCUCCCGGGCCUUCCGGCGGCUGGGAUGGGAGGUGGGCUCGCACCCCUGGAUCUUCCUGCUGCUGCCCAUGGUUUUAACGGCCGUCCUCGGCACUGGCCUGAUUCACCUGCCCAAGGAAGAAGAAGACGACCUCGAGGAGCAGUACACCCCGAUAGGGAGCCCCGCCAAGGCUGAGCGACGCUUCGUGCAGGGACAUUUCACCGCCAACGACUCUGAUCUCUUCUCCAUCGCCAGGAAGAGCACCGAGGUCAAUUAUGCUUCCAUUCUAGUGGUCUCCAACACCAACUCGCUGCUGGAACAAGAAACCUUAUCAGAAAUUAGUGAAGUGGACGACGCGGUUCAGGCUUUGUCUGUGACACAGGCAAAUGGACCCCAGAUUCUCUACAAUGAGGUGUGCUCGAAGAACCAGGGCUACUGUGUGCCCUCCAACCCACUCUUGUUCGCCUGGAAAACGAACAGUGUCCUCAACCUGAGAAACAUCACCUUCCCCAUCUACAGCCUAGCCGGUCAGGUCGUGUACCUGGCCAACAUCCUUGGAGGAACUGUGUUAGGCGAGAGCAUGGGACUGAGCCAGUUACUCCUGGAGGCCAAAGCCAUGCGGCUGCAGUACUACCUGAAGACCGGCGAAGGAGUGGACAGCGAACGUAGCAAGGCGUGGCUGAUCCAUUUCCUGAACCAAGUUGGCAACCUUGAAAAGAGUCUGGCCUUGAAGAAGAUCCAGGUGGUCUACUUUACGUCACUUUCUAGACAACUGGAAUUUGAGGCAACUUCUAUGACAGUGAUCCCCUUGUUUCACUUGGCAUACCUUCUAAUCAUAUUAUUUGCAAUCACAUCAUGCUACAGGUGUGACUGUAUACAAAACAAAAUGUGGGUUGCAGCGUUUGGAGUGAUUUCUGCUGCCUUGGCAGUGGUGAGCGGCUUUGGCCUGAUGUUGUACAUUGGGGUGCCAUUUGUGAUCAUAGUUGCAAAUUCACCAUUUCUUAUUCUAGGCAUUGGGGUCGAUGACAUGUUUAUCAUGAUUUCUGCCUGGCAGAAGACCAACGUCAUGGAUAGCAUAAAAGAGAGGAUGUCCAAUGUCUAUUCAAAAGUGGCAGUGUCCAUUACAAUCACCACCAUCACCAACAUCCUGGCCUUCUAUACAGGAAUUAUGACCUCUUUCAGGUCUGUACAAUACUUCUGCAUCUAUACAGGAACAACCCUGCUCUUUUGUUAUUUUUAUAACAUCACCUGUUUUGGAGCAGUUAUGGCCCUGGAUGGUAAAAGAGAAGUAGUCUGUCUACGCUGGUUGAAGAAACCAGAAACUCCUGACCAAAAAUGUUCCUCAUUAAAAAAGCCCUGCUGCCUCCCAUGUAAUUCUCUCCGAGACAAACAUAAAGCUGAUAUUCACCCAAUGAAUUUGUUCUUUAGAGACUAUUUUGGUCCUUUUCUCACAAGCACUGAGUCCAAGUUUUUUGUAGUGCUUAUAUACAUUUUGUACAUCAUAAGUAGUAUAUAUGGGUGUUUCCAAGUGCAGGAAGGUUUAGACCUCCGAAAUUUGGCAAGUGACGACUCCUACAUCACACCGUAUUUUAAUGUAGAAGAAGAACAUUUUUCAAGUCAUGGUCCCAGGGUUAUGGUUAUUGUUACUGAAGCUCUUGACUAUUGGGAUGGAGAUGCUAGGCAAAAAUUGGAAAAAUGUCUUGUAGAUUUUGAAAACAGUGACUAUGUAGAUAAAAAUCUUACAGAGUUUUGGUUACGAGAAUAUGUGAAAUAUAUGGAAAAUCACCAUUACAAUGUAAAUGAUAAGAUAACUUUUCUAAAAAAUAUUCCCAAUUUUGUAAUAGAUUCUCCACUUUUUAUGUAUUAUAUUAACAUUACAUCAUCACAGGAAAUCAUUUGUUCCAGGGCCUUCAUUCAGACCAUGGGUGUUUCUUCUUCAACCAAUAAGAAGCUGAUGUUACUCCAGUUCCGAGACAUGGCCGAAAAGUGUGAAAUUCCCCUAAUGGUGUAUAACCAGGCAUUUAUAUAUUUUGAUCAGUAUUCUGCAAUAUUAGAAAACACUGUUCGAAAUGUAAUUGUUGCCUCAACAGCUAUGUUCAUUGUUUCCUUACUGUUAAUCCCUCACCCGCUGUGUUCUUUGUGGGUAACUUUUGCUAUCUCUUCUGUGAUUGUGGGAGUAACGGGUUUCAUGGCAUUCUGGAACGUCAAUCUUGAUUCCAUAUCCAUGAUUAAUCUUGUCAUUUGUAUAGGGUUUUCUUUUGAUUUUUCUGCGCACAUUUCCUAUGCAUUUGUUUCCAGUUCAAAGCCCUCAGUAAACCAAAAAACCAUCGAGGCAUUGUAUCUGCUAGGCUACCCUGUGUUGCAAAGUGCAAUUUCAACAAUAAUAGGGGUGUGUGUCUUAUCUGCAGCUAAAGCAUACAUCUUCAGGACAUUUUUUAAGAUUAUGUUUCUUGUUAUGGUAUUUGGAGUUGCUCAUGGCCUAAUUUUUAUUCCGGUAUUCUUAACCUUUUUUUGAAAGUUUGUUUGACUAGCCACUAACCAAUCAAAGACCAAUUAUAGAAUUCCUGAUUGCUCCAAUCCAAUCUGAUAAAAAUGCGCUAUUAAGAAUAGUCAAUAAACUAAAAACAAAGGCAUGUUUCCUUGGUGUGGAAAUCCCAUUUUAAAAUGUUAUUUAAAAUAUCCUGAGAAAAAUUAAUUAGUCUUACAUUAAAAUAUCUUUACUAAAUUAGGAAGUGUUGUCAUCUUUAUUAUGGUCUAUACAAUCAAGCAUAAGUAUAACUUUCCAGUUAUUUUUUUCCUUUUAUUUCAUCAUUAGUAGUUUAUGCCUGGAAUUCAAAUAUUUUAUGUAUUAUGCUAUAAAUGGAAUAUUAUUUUCAUUGUACUUCCCAUAUGCGUUAUUAUGUAAAAGUGCAACUGAUUAUUAUUUAUUCUCCUAGUCUGGGGUUUUUCUAUGCAUGUUUUUUGUGGUGUAUUUUGAUGAACUGAAGUUUUUAAGUUUUGGAAUCCAAUUUAUCAUUUUUUUAAUGGUUAGUGUUUUCUGUGUCCUCUGUAAGAAUUUUUUUGCCUAAUCCAAGAUUACAAAAAAUUCAUCUAUGUUUU